AUGGAUACUGUUUCUACAGAAGUUAGACUGAAGAGACGGGAACAAAAGCGACAAAAAGAAAUGGCUAAGGAUGCUGAGGUGAUUGCGGAUCUCAAAGCUAUUUGCACAGACGCAGAUCCCACUAAAUUGUACCGGAACAUGAUUAAGAUUGGACAAGGGGCGUCCGGUGGAGUCUGUAUCGCUCAGUCUGUGGAUACUAAUAUGUCGGUUGCUAUUAAACAAAUGUGUCUUGACAAGCAACCAAAGAAAGAGCUUAUUAUCAAUGAGAUCCUGGUUAUGCGGGAUGCACGUCACAAAAACAUUGUCAACUUUAUCGAUUCCUUUCUUGUUCACGGCGAGCUUUGGGUUGUUAUGGAGUAUAUGGAGGGAGGUUCGCUCACGGAUGUUGUGACAACCAAUAUGAUGACAGAAUCCCAGAUUGCAACUGUGUGUAAAGAGACACUUGAGGGAAUAUGCCAUCUUCACAAUCUUGACAUCAUCCACAGAGACAUUAAAUCUGACAAUGUUCUCCUCGGACUAAAUGGCCAGGUUAAAUUAACUGAUUUUGGUUUCUGUGCCCGUUUAAGUGACUCAGAGCUUAGGACGACACUUGUUGGUACUCCUUACUGGAUGGCUCCUGAAGUUGUUACAAGGAAAGAAUAUGGCCCCAAGAUUGAUGUGUGGUCGUUGGGCAUUAUGGCUAUUGAAAUGAUUGAAGGAGAACCUCCUUAUCUUCAUGAAAAUGCGCUCCGUGCUCUCUACCUAAUCGCAACAAAUGGAACACCGCACCUUCAGCAUCCAGAUGCACUAUCUGACAAUCUCACAGACUUUCUUAGAUUAUCACUUACUGUGGACAGUCAGAAUAGACCAUCUGCAAGCGAAUUACUUGAGCAUCCUUUCCUUCGAAAAGCAGAGCAUGUUCGUUCAUUGAUUCCACUUAUUAAGGCGAGUAGGGAUCUACGCAAGGCACAUGAGCCCUAA